CCGAUGCGAGAGCUGCAUUAGUCUUACUUCUAGCCUCCGACGGCCGGCAAGUGCUGGUCUGCAAUGUUGAGCAGCGUCUUCCAACAAUGUAACCAGACAGAAGGCGACUCCCAGUCACGGAAUAUUUACCGGCAGACCCGGCACUUCUCCUCAAGGUCUUCUUCAGUCUCUGGAGAUGAGACUACUGGGGAUCAGGUUGUCUUGCAGCACGCCCUGGCCUGUCCCGUUUUCCGUCGUGCGGUAUUGACAUCGAGUCCGGAUUGCUUGGAUGCUUUGAUUGACGGCAGCUUCAGUCGCACCCUGCUUCUCAUCAUCACCGCAGGUCAAGCCAAACCCAGCAAGUCUUCCCUGCCAAUCAAGUACACGCUGAUCCUUCGGCUGAAUAUCCUAUCAAGGCAGCCCGCCCAGGCGCGAAACCCAAGACUUCACGUACACCUGCAGAAUCCCAAUUUGACCCUGAUUCUUCACGUCGCGCAGUCGCUCGUGCAGGAUUGA